CGUGCGUUAUGACGUCACAUGAAAGCGACGUGUCGGCCAUGUUGUCACUUUGUUGUUGAGCGCGCUUGUUUUCAAGCUGAAGAAGAACGGCACGUGAGCACAACCAAACAGAACCGAACAGUGACGGACAAGCGGCCAUGGAUCCGGAUAUGGACUCGUGUCCCGCGGUCAGUGAGCGCGGGGACGCGGACGUCGGCCUCCGCACGACGUGCUCGUCGAACGGCAGCGGUGGAGAGGACGACGACGCCGAGGCCGAAUCAGAGGCUCACGGCCGGGAGGCGGGAGACGGCGGCGGCUGCCAGCACGCCCCGGAGAGGACCGCCCUGCUCGGCGGAAGAGAACAGGAAGUGUCGGUAGAGAUCGGAGAAACCUAUUUGUGCCAGCGAGCCGAUAAAACUUGGCAUGCAGCAGAAGUGAUUCAGUCUCGACUAAACGAGCAGGAAGGAAGAGAAGAGUUCUACGUGCACUACGUCGGCUUCAACAGGCGUCUGGACGAGUGGGUGGGCAAAGCUCGGCUGGCGCUGACCAAGACGGUGAAGGACGCGGUGAGGAAGAGCGUGGAAGUGGGCGGCGUGGGCGACAUCGGCGAGCAGCCCGAGCGCAAGAUCACACGCAACCAGAAACGCAAACAUGACGAGAUCAACCACGUGCAGAAGACAUACGCCGAGAUGGAUCCGACCACGGCGGCGCUGGAGAAGGAGCACGAGGCGAUCACCAAGGUGAAAUACGUGGACAAGAUCCAGAUUGGCAACUUUGAGAUCGACGCGUGGUACUUCUCGCCCUUCCCAGAAGAUUACGGCAAGCAGCCCAAACUUUGGAUCUGCGAGUACUGCCUCAAGUACAUGAAGUACGAGAACACCUUCAGGCACCACCUGUCCAACUGCCAGUGGAAACAGCCUCCAGGCAAGGAGAUCUACCGCAGGAGCAACAUCUCCGUCUACGAGGUGGACGGACGCGAUCACAAGAUCUACUGUCAGAACUUGUGUCUGCUGGCCAAACUCUUCCUGGACCACAAAACGCUUUACUUUGACGUGGAGCCCUUCAUCUUCUACAUCCUCACCGAGGUCAACAAGCAGGGGGCACACAUCGUGGGAUACUUCUCCAAAGAGAAAGAAUCUCCGGACGGGAACAACGUGGCCUGCAUCCUCACUCUGCCGCCGUACCAACGUCGCGGCUACGGGAAGUUCCUCAUCGCCUUCAGUUACGAGCUGUCCAAGUUGGAGAGUGCGGUGGGUUCGCCGGAGAAGCCGCUGUCCGACCUGGGCAAGCUGAGCUAUCGCAGUUACUGGUCCUGGGUGCUUUUGGAGAUCCUCCGAGAUUUCAGGGGGACGCUUUCCAUCAAAGACCUCAGCCAGAUGACGAGUAUCACGCAGAGCGACAUCAUCAGCACGCUGCAGUCGCUUAACAUGGUCAAAUACUGGAAAGGGCAACACGUCAUUUGCGUCACGCCCAAACUUGUGGAGGAGCACCUCAAGAGCGCCCAGUACAAGAAGCCGCCCAUCACUGUGGACACGCUGUGCCUCAAGUGGGCGCCUCCCAAAAACAAACAGGCCAAGCUGUCCAAGAAGUGACCAAAAGAAGUCGCCGCUGCCGUCUCUGUAAAUAUGUGCCAUACUUUCUUCAAAUAUAGCAAAAAGAAAACAA